UAUUCGACAGUUCCUUGCCAAGUUCCAUGGUGUCGUCGUCGUCCGCUUCGUCCACCUCCAUCGCGGGGCCGCCGCCGCCGGGUCCUACCGUUGCGGAGCGAAUUGCAGCUAUCCAGAACAUGGACAUCUCUCGCGUGCUUCGCUUGAUGCGAGUGGGCAACGUGUUUUGCUCAGUAUUCCAGAUCAUUGCUGGAAUUGGCGGGGUGUUCGACCUGAUUACCCUCAACGUCACCGGCGCCCUCUUGUCGCUGUACGUCGUGCUGUUUGGCUUGCUCUUCCUCCUAUUCGAAUGCCGCUUGAAGACGAUGGAGAACCGCAUCCGUACCAACUUUGGCUUUCUCUUCUCGUACAACGGCCGUGCGGGUUUUAUCUUCUUCAUCGGUUUCCUCGAUUUCGGCAUGGGAUCAGCCAUGGGGACUGUUGCCGGCAUCCUAAUGUGCUUGAACGCGUUCUUCAACCUCUUUGUCAUGCUCAAACACCCCGAGUUUGCCUCGGGCGCUGUCCGCAAAGAUGCCGACCCGACUGCAGGGUACGCCGACUCAAAGGAAGCAGCCCAAGCUUACCUCCACUCGAACCCACAAGUCGCCCUUCAAGCUACCAAGUUUGCACUCUCUAGCAGAUAAGCUGUUGACUUCCAAUUGAACAUAUUGCCAUGCUUCGUGCUCUAU